AAGAUGGGCAAAGGAGACCGUAAGAAGCCAAGAGGCAAAAUGUCAUCGUAUGCAUUCUUUGUGCAAACCUGCCGGGAGAAACACAAGAAGAAGCAUCCAGAUGCUUCUGUCAACUUCUCAGAGUUCUCUAAGAAGUGCUCAGAGAGGUGGAAGACCAUGUCUGCUAAAGAAAAAGGAAAGUUUGAAGACAUGGCCAAGGCGGACAAGGCUCGUUAUGAGAGAGAAAUGAAAACCUAUAUCCCUCCUAAAGGGGAAACAAAAAAGAAGUUCAAGGAUCCCAAUGCAUCCAAGAGGCCUCCUUCGGCCUUCUUCUUGUUCUGUUCUGAAUAUCGCCCCAAAAUCAAAGGAGAACACCCGGGCCUAUCCAUUGGUGAUGUUGCAAAGACACUGGAAGAGAUGUGGAACAAUACUGCUGCGGAUGACAAGCAGCCUUACAAAAAGAAAGCUGCCAAGCUGAAGGAAAAGUAUGAAAAGGAUAUUGCUGCCCACAGAGCUAAAGGAAAACCUGAUGCAGCAAAAAAAAAAAAAAAAAAAAAAAAAAAAAAAAAAAAAAAAAAAAAAAGAGUUGUCAAGACUGAAAAGAGCAAGAAAAAGAAGGAAGGGGAGAAAGAGGAAGAAGAUGAGGAUGAAGAUGAUGAUGAUGAAUAAGAGGAAUACUGAACAUCUGAGUCCUGGAUGAUACUAAUAAACUAAUAAUUGCAGAGUUUUU